UCCCCUCCAGUCUUGCAGAGGUGUGCUGGCUCCUCCCCUUCAGUCUUGCACAGGUGUACCGGCUCCUCCUCUUCAGUCUUGCACAGGUGUACUGGCUCCUCCCCUCCAGGUCUUGCACAGGUGUACCGGCUCCUCCCCUUCAGUCUUGCACAGGUGUACUGGCUCCUCCCCUUCAGUCUUGUACAGGUGUACCAGCUCCUCCCCUCCAGUCUUGCACGGGUGUACCGGCUCCUUCUCUUCAGUCUUGCACAGGUGUACCGGCUCCUCCCCUUCAGUCUUGCACAGGUGUACCGGCUCCUCCCCUUCAGUCUUGCACAGGUGUACCAGCUCCUCCCCUUCAGUCUUGCACAGGUGUACCAGCUCCUCCCCCUUCAGUCUUGCACAGGUGUACCGGCUCCUCCCCUUCAGUCU